AUGUCUUCUGGCUGCUGCUCUGGGAACGUCUCCUCCCGCUCCUUUGGGGGCUGCCUGCCCUACUCAGGCCUUUCCUGUGGCUCUUCCUCCAACAGAAACCUGGUCUACAGCAAACCUCUGCUCUCCCAGCACCUGCCAGCUGGGAACCUCUCACUACAGGGGCUGUCAGGAGACCUUCUACAGGCCCUCCAGAUGCCAGACGUCCUGUGUGGUGUCCAGGCCCUGCCAGCCUUCCUGCUACCGCCCAAGGACCACCACACUCUGCAGUCCCUGCCCGACCACUUAUGCUGGAUCUGUGGGAUCUGUGUCCAGUAGCUGUUGCUCCCAGGGUUAUGGAUCAAGAAGCUGUGGAUCCAGUGGCUUUAGACAGCUGGGUUGCAGAGUCGGAGGCUUUCCUU